GCGGCGCCUGUCAAGCGGGACUCUCGCCGCCCUCGCAGCGGGCGGGCUUGGGCCUUCGGAGCGGCGGGCGGCGCGGAGCCGGCGGGCGGGCAGCCUCGGUCCGCAGGGCGGUGACGCAGGCGCCGGGCGGAGCCUGGGCCGGGCCUGCAGUGGAGCUGAGCUGGCGGGGCGGGGCGGGCCGGGCUCCUCCUCCGGCUGCAGGGUUAAUAACUGAUAUUUAUGUAAGACAGAAGAGGAAGAUGACAUUCCGUAAAGUAAACAUCAUCAUCCUGGUCCUGGCUGUUGUUUUCUUCUUACUGGUUUUGCACCAUAAUUUCCUUGGCCUGAGCAGUUUGCUAAGGAAUGAAGUUUCAGAUUCAGGAAUUGUGGGGCUUCAGCCCAUAGACUUUAUCCCAAAUGCUCCCCAUGAUGCUGUAGAUGGGAGACAAGAGGAGGUUCCUGUGGUCAUUGCUGCAUCUGAAGAUAGGCUCGGGGGGACCAUUGCAGCCAUAAACAGCAUCCAGCACAACACUCGCUCCAAUGUCAUUUUCUACAUUGUUACGCUCAAUCAUACAGCAGACCAUCUCCGGUCUUGGCUCAGCAGCAGUAUUCUGAAAAGCAUCAGGUACAAAAUUGUGAAUUUUGACACUAAACUUUUGGAAGGGAAAGUAAAGGAGGAACCGGACCAAGGGGAAUCCGUAAAACCAUUAACCUUUGCAAGGUUCUACUUGCCUAUUCUAGUUCCCAGCGCAAAGAAGGCUAUAUACAUGGAUGAUGAUGUGAUUGUGCAAGGUGAUAUCUUUGCACUGUACAAUACACCACUGAAGCCAGGACAUGCAGCUGCAUUUUCAGAAGAUUGUGAUUCAGCCUCUACUAAAGCUGUCAUUCGCGGAGCAGGGAACCAGUACAAUUACAUUGGAUAUCUUGACUAUAAAAAGGAAAGAAUCCGUAAGCUUUCCAUGAAAGCCAGCACCUGCUCAUUUAAUCCUGGAGUUUUUGUUGCAAACUUGACAGAAUGGAAAAGACAGAAUAUAACCAACCAGCUGGAAAAAUGGAUGAAACUCAAUGCAGAAGAGGGACUGUACAGCAGGACACUGGCUGGCAGCAUUACAACACCUCCUCUGUUGAUCGUAUUUUAUCAACAGCACUCUACCAUCGACCCCAUGUGGAACGUGCGCCACCUUGGCUCCAGUGCUGGAAAACGAUACUCGCCCCAGUUUGUAAAAGCUGCCAAAUUACUGCAUUGGAAUGGGCACUUUAAGCCAUGGGGAAGAACUGCUUCAUAUACUGAUGUCUGGGAAAAAUGGUACAUUCCUGACCCAACAGGCAAAUUCAGCCUUAUCAGAAGACAUACAGAGAUCUCAAACACAAAGUAAAAUAUACUUUAUGCUAUAAGCAUUUCUCAGGAAAUCCUGGAAGAUAGUAUGUGUGGGAAGUAAUUGUGGCAACCCUGGAAAAGGAACAUUUCGACUCCAUCUGCCUUACCAAGUGUUUGCAGUACUGAAUAACCAGAGGUGAAUGGACUGCUAAUAGCUGGCACAGCUAGUUAAACACUGCGUGCUGCUUGGUUUUACAUUUGUAACCUGUGGCCUGAUCUAUAAAUAAAGUGAAACCUACAUUUUUCAGUAGGUAUC